AUGUGGCGUCCUCUUUUCCUAUCAUCAUCUUUGCUCACAAGGCCGCUGUCGCUACCUCCACAAGGCGGUGUUCGCUACGAGCCCGAGUACGAGACCGGUGGUGACGAUGAUCUCGACGUCGGUAUUCGACAUCAUCUUCGUUAUGCAGGGAUCGGCCACGACGACCGGAUUGCCGUACCUCACGGUAAGACAUUGCUUCAUCCUGCCCAUGUCUGCCACCAUGGUGAUUAUGAUGCCUUCGAGUUUGCCGGUCAUGAUAGUCGACGACCCGUUCCCUCCCAGGUCGUCUAG